AUGGACGCGGUCGCCAUCCCUGGCGGGGCGGCCGCGUUGCCGGCCUGGGCAGUGCUGGCUCUGGAGGCCGCGGCGUUCUUCGCGCCGGGCUGGGGCUGGGGGCAGCCGAGCUGCCCAGACCUCUCGUGCCCUGCCUGCCCGGCGUGCCCGGAGGCGGCGGCGUGCGCGGCCUGCCCGGAGCCGGCGGCCUGCGCCGCCUGCCCAGCCUGCGAGCCGCCGCCGUGCGCGGCGUGCCCGGCGUGCGAGCCGCCGCCGUGCGCGGCCUGCCCGGCCUGCGAGGCUCGGGCGUGCCCUGAGCCGACGGCCGGGGAGAAGGCUGUGGAGAGGCUGGUGGGGGCGCGUCUAGGCGGCCUGGUGCACUGGCUGGUGGCGAAGAUCGUCGGCCGCCGGAAUGGCGGCGCUCGUGGCUGGUGGACUAGGGCGCUCCCAGGCGAGCGCGUGGUUUGCCGCUUCGCCGACGACGACGUUGACCACGAGUGGUGGGUCAUCCUGACCCCGGACGGGGACAUCUACCCUGAGGACCUGAGCUGCAGCGACCCAGAGAACGGGCCCUCGCGGGCCUUCCCCUUGGCGCUGCGGACGCGCAAGAUGAGGAGGCUGCACCGCUUCUGGGAGCGACUGGGGCCCGACGAGCUGGCCGACGCGCUGCAGGGCGGUCGUGAGACGGCGCUCGAGUGGGACGCCACCCUGCCCGAGCCGAGGGAGGCCUUGGCCGCUGACGGCCAACAGGUCACCUGGCAGGAGGCCGCCGGCAGGCUGUCGGCCGGGGAGCGUGCCCGCUUGCUGCGCCUGGGCUUGGCCGUGGCCUGGAUGGGCGGGCGGCUGCUGGAGGCCCCAGGUGCAGGCCAGGCCUGGAUCGCCCUCAGCGGUGGGCCGGGCAUCGCGAUCGGGACGGAGGUGGACGUGGCGAGCGCAGACGGCGUGAGCUUCGAGGACGGGGUCGAGCCGUUCGGCGUUCUGAAGACCACCGACGGCGUCAUGGCGCGGCUCGCCCGGCUGGACGCGGGGGGCGCCCCAUCGCGCGUGGCCGCGGAGGCGGGCGCCGGGGCCUGGAGGGGCCGUCGCGCGGGUGGCGCUGGCCCGCCCGAGGAGGAGGGGUUCGCCGAGCCCCCGCCGGGCGAGGAGCGCUACGCUGACGCUCGCACUCUCUGGGUCGACUACGACGAGCAGGGGGAGCGGUUCAAGCGGUGGAGAGACGUCGUGGGCGAGUCGCGUCAGGAGUGCUACCCCGACGCGAAGGUGGACGGGCCGCCCGGGGCUCUCCACAUGUGCAAGCACAUGGAGAGGCAUGGAGGCGACCCUCGGCUCUGGCUCGACCUCUUCGUCCGCAUGAAGGGGCUCGGCCAAGGUGAUCGCGUGGUGCACGAGCUGAGGACCAUCGUGGAGGCCCUGUAUCAAGGCGGGGUCUACGACCAGCUGAACAUGGGCGGCCUGAUGAUGGUGGAGGUGCUGACACGCCGCGCGGCGGCGGUGGUGGACGCCUACGCGGACCCGUCCAAGCCGAGCUGGACGAAUGCGCGCUUUUUCGAGGACGUGAGCUCGGUGGAGGACGUCUUGGGGCCCGAGCUCAGGGGCUACGUCCACCGGCGGGCGAAGGAGCAGCACGAGAUGGAGCAGGCGCAGAACCGAGCGCAGUCGAAGGAGCAGAAGGAGCUGGAGGUGGCGCAGCUGGUGCGGGGCGCGGUGGCGGCCGAGGCGGCCGCGGACGCGGCCGGGCCAGGGGCGCAUUUCGGGCGGGAGGCUCGGAUCGCGUGCGAGGUUAACGGGAUCGUCGACGCCAUCAACUGGACGUCGAGGUACGACUCGCCGCCUGGCCCGGCCAAUGGCAUGCAGCGAGAUGCACUUGCGCGCUGCGAGGGCCUCGUCCGGGGCCGGCAGCCGGGCGCCAAGUUGCACGAGCCGCAGGCGGCCCUCCGGGAGCUGCUGCGGGGCCGCUCGCCCUAUGACGGGCGCGGCGGCCCGACGACGGUCGCCUCCUACAGUGCAGGGCUUGAUCUGUUGCCUGGCGAGGCUUUUACCUUCCUGCAGGAGCGCCAAGAGCGCAUGCUACGACCGGCACCUUUGCCGACCGACAUCGAGCCGUAUUUCGAUUCGGUCCUCAAGUUCAACCGCAAGGAGUACCGCGGCCUGGUGCGCCAGCUGCUGUCGGCUGGCAUGCUGGGGUGGACUCUAUCACCGAAGGAGAGAAUCGGGAUGUUUUUUGUGUGGCAGGAUGGGCGGCGGCGACUUCGCCUCAUAGUCGACGCCCGCCGUGCGAACGCCCACUUCAGGGACCCCCCUGGGGUGGAGCUUUUAAGCAGCGAGGGCCUCGCCAGGAUCGAGGUGCACCUGCCUGAGGAGGGCCUCUCGAGCCACGAGGACCUCCGCGCCGCGCUGGAGGCGCAGCAGGUGUACAUCGGCAUGGCGGACGUGAAGGAGAUCAGGCACUACGUCUACGUCGACAACCUGGGGGUGUUCUCGCUCUUCUCCCAGCUCGUGAGCGGCGUGAUGGACCAGCUGACCGGCGAGUUCACCGAGCUGAACCUGCUGGUGCACAUGGACGAGCUGGCGUCGGGCAUGGCGGUGGCGCUCGGCACCCAGAUCGACGGCGGCCGGCUGCGCACCCGGGUGACCGGUGAUCGGUUCUGGCGCUGCCGCCAGGCCGUGCGGGGCCUUCUUGCCCGCCGCCGAGUCAAGGGCUGGGCAGUAGAAGCCGUGCUGGGCCAUCUGACCUUCUGCGGCCUCUGCUCGCGCGGCACCCUGUCGGCUUUCAGUUCAGUGCAUGGCUUCGCGCGGGCGCGCUACGACGACGCGGCCGUGCUAUGGGCCGAGGCGCGGAGAGAGCUGGCCGCCUUCAGCUCCCUGGUGUACUUUUUGGAGUCAGACUGGUGGCUGCCUUGGAACCCGAUGGUGCAGCAGUCGGAUGCCAGCCUCCACGGCUACGGACUGGCGAGGGCCUUCUGGCCGCGGGAGCUGGUGGAGUCGGUCGGGCGCGUGCCUGAGAGGGCCCGCUUUCGCCGGCGCUGUGCGCGCAGCGCUCGGGAGGCUGCGCUCUGUGCCGCCGGAUUCGGUAUGAGCGAGAGUGGAAAGUGGGAACUCAAGGGCCUUCCCGAGGAUGAGGAAGAACUGAGCCAGUGGGACGUUGUGGGGGACUUUCCAGAAGUGCCCGCCCAGGGGCUCCGUGCAAGCCUGUGGGAGCCCUGUUUCGCUAGAGCCUGGCAGCACCCCGAAGGGAUCCUCACCCUGGAGGCCCGGGCCCUGGUCAGCAGCAUCCAUCGUAUCGCCACCACGGUCUCCGGGUCCCACAUACGCCGCUCUCGGAGCCCUCACCGGCGCACCCGCCAGCUGGCGCCGUCUCGCCCGGAGCCCGGCCCGCAGGCGUCGGCGGGCAGCCAGGGGGCGUGGCGCGUCCGGCAGCUGGUCCCUGCUCCGCCGAUAGCGCCGCCGCCGUUGCUGGUGGCUCGGCGGGAGCGUCAGCUGGGCGAGUCGAGGCGCUUGAGGGCGGCCGUGCUGGGCCGUCCCCUGCCGCGGAGCCUGGGGCAGGUGGUGGAGGACCUGGCGAAGCUGCCUGUGCCGGCGGAGCCCGCGCGGGGAGUGCCAGAGAGCGUUGGCUCCUCCGACAGCGGGGGCUCCGAGCCCGAGGUCGUGACCGGCGCCGCGCGGCAGCGCAGGCUCGCGCAGUCGCAGCAGCGCCGAGCGCGCCACUACGGGAUGCCGGCCAGCGAGGAGGGCUUUGGAGCGGGAGGCGGCGCGGGCCCCGACGCAGCGCGAGUACCAGCGGGCCUGGGGCGGCUGGCGGGAUUUUGCCCGUCGAAGUUGGCCCUCGGUGGACACCGAGGAGGUCAUGAAGGGCCGAACUACCUGAACGGCUUGUGCCAGGCCGGGACCCACCUCUCCUGGGCCGAGAAGUUGAUGGCGGGCGUGCUGCACUUCAACCCGGACUUCACACGCUAUGGUGCCCGGCGCCUCCCCCGGGCCUGGAGAUGCCUCCGGGCCUGGCGGCGCCUGGAGCCGCCGCGGACGAGGAAGCCGUGGGCGCUGGCGCUGUGGUGCGCGAUGGCGUGGCGCAUGAAGGCCCGGGGCAGCCUCCAGAUGGCGGCGUUCACCUUGAUAGCGGUGAGCGUGUACGCCCGCCCCAGCGGCCUCCUGCUCCUGAAGCCGGCCUGCCUGGCGCCGCCGGCUGCGGGCGCGUGCGAGUUCUGGACCUUGAGACUCUUCCCGGAGGAGGAGGACCUGCGAGACAAGACGGGCCUGGGCGACGUGUCGCUGGAGUUAGACUCGCCCUGGAUUCGCUUCUUGGACCCCGUGCUGCGCCAGCUGAAAAAGGAGGGGCACCCCGAGUGCCUGUGGAACUUCACGUACCCCGAGUACUGCAAUAUGUUCAGCCUGUGCCUGCAGGAGCUGCAGGUGAAGGCCAAGGUGGUGCCGUAUCAGAUGCGCUCAGCUCGCGGACAUCAUUUAAGUUCGCGCCUCGCCGGUCGACUUGCGGGAGCUCGGCCCCGCCUGACUGGCCGCUACCUGGCGGACUGCUUCAGCGGCAAGGGGGGCGUCGGGCGCGCCGCGAUGGCGAUGGGAGUGCCGGUCAGGUUCUGGGACACGCUGCGCGGGCCAAGCGGCGACCUCACCACGCGGUCGGUCCUGGGAGGCCUGUGCUCGGAUAUCGCUGCGAGCCGCGUCUUGGCCGUAAUGCUGGCCCCGCCGUGCGGGCCCUGGACCACCGCGGCCGACCGAGUGGGUGCCAUCCGCUCCGCCUCGCAGCCUUGUGGGCUCCCGCGGCAUCUUCUGAGUGAAAAGCAGCUGGCCCGCCUGGCGUCCGGGAACAAGACCAUGCGGGCCGCGUUGGCCAUCAUCAGAUGUUGUGAGAAGUUUAGAGUCCCUUGUAUCUUCGAGCACCCUGUGAAUUCACGCGUGCUUUUUCACGAGAGAGGUCGCAGCCGCAUCUGCGCAUUCUUUCGGAAUGGGCAGCCUGGGCGCGAGUAUCUGUCGAAAGUCAUGAUCUCCUUCGAGUGGCAAUGGUUGAUUACGAUGUUGAGCAGGAGGCUCGGACAUUUCAUAUCAAGUUCUGUCAAGGUGGUCCUCGGCAAUUUCAUGACCUAUGUGAUUGGGGCUGUGGCGGCCGUGCUGCUCGCGCUGCCCGUCCUGUUCUGCUUCAUGGAGCGUUUGCUCCACCUGCCUUCCAGAAUGCAGCAGAUGCCAGGGACAGUGUCCUCUGUCACCUCCGAGUCCGUGGGGUCGUGGAUCGCACACUAUUUCAAGAGAAAAUUGUGGGAGUUGCCGACCAAGAUUAUCCCGUUCGUGGAGCACGUCCUGGCAGGCCAGCUUCAUAAGAUGGAGGAGCGCAUCAUCACGAAGCUGACGGAGAUGCCCCACGAGGUGGCGCGCGCGGUGACCGGCGGGCUGAGGAAGGACAAGUGCCGCGGCGGCACCAAGCCAGAGUCGAAGGCCGCCCCGCAGACGGCCUUGUGCGCAGCGUUGCCCUCCACCAGCCUGGCCUCCAGCUCCACGGCGACGCUAGCCGCCUCAUCCAUCAUCUAUUGGUCCGCGCUCAAGGUCAGCGGCUCAGUAGCAAGGUCGCUCUUCAUCACGAUGUUCACGCCCGCGCCGUCGAAGUCCUCACCACCGGUGCUGCUAUUCGCAGCGCAGCCAUCAUGCUGCUCAGUCACAACCGUGCUGCCCGUCUCAUCGCGCAUGGUGGAGCCGCCAGCGUCCUUGUCCUCCAGAAAAGGAUUCAAGGUCACCGAAGAGCUCCACGUCCAAAUACGCCCCAGAGUUCCCCAACUUGCUGAGGCGACCAAGCCGCGAUGCGAGUGCCCCGCCUCCACGCUGGCGGAGGGCGCGCUUCGCUGCCGUUCGCGAAAGCUUGGCGUCAAGGUGCAGCGCUCGCUUCACAAUGCCGAGGACACGCUCCAGGAGCACGAUGUGCGCAACAACGACAUCCCGCUGCACGUCGGCGUCUUGCCGAGGACCCUGAAGAAGGCGAGUUCCGCGCCAGCGACGGCAUUCCGCAAGGGCAGGUCGAAGUUCAGGUUUACCGGCAUCCACGAUUUCUUUAGUCUCCCUCUCUUCCCAGCGGCGGUGCUUAACCACCGCGGGCUCGCCCCUCCGUCGGCGCAGGCUGUGGCCCUCGGCCUGCUAGGGGGGGUGUCAGGCAGGCUCACGCCAGGCUGGCGCGGCGGCGACAGCCCAGCCCUGUUCGAGCUGGACGUAAGGUGCCAGCCAGGGUUUAAGUACAGGUUCAGUGUUCAGGGGUACGGGGCGGCGGCCGCCGGCGGCCUCGCCGCGGCGGUCUUGACGCGUGGAGCUGCCGGCGUGGAUGUGGCUUCCAGCGCGGAGUGGGUGCUCGGCCGGGUGGACGCGAGCUGCCAGAGGGUGUGCUCGGAGCGCAGCCUCAUCUGCGACGAGGACGCGUUCCCCGAGAACGAGGAGGAGUUCCACGCGAUGAUCGGCCGCAUCUUUGUCAGCCUUGGCCCGGAGUUUAGCAGCACGCUCUGCGACACGGUCGACAUUGGCGGCGCUUGCUACGACCCUAGCUACGACCACGGCCACUGCGGCUGGAAGGCAUGUCCCGAGCUGUCGGCCUCCGACGCGAGCCGGUGUUCUGCGACGCCCUCCGAUACAUCACGGCGCUUCUGUCCAUGCAGGAGGUUUGACGAUUGGGCAAGCCUGCACAUGGACACCCUGCAUCCGGACGAGUACGAUGGCUUCUCCGCGAGCGCGUCUGACGUGGUCGCCUCGCCGAAGAUGCCAGGGCUGCACGUGGUGCGGAGAAGCAGCUCCAUCAUGCCCAUUGCGGCACCCAGCACCACGGACGGCUUCACUAACCCUGGUGGCACCAGCCGUUCACUGGCGAAGGCGCCGCCCAAGCCCCCGCCAGCCGCCGUCAGCACCACGGAGCCAGCGCUGGCUGGGGGCGCGGCGCCGGCGCGGCAGGCGAGACCCCUGCUGCCAGCGGUCGGCGCCAGCAGCGAGGAGUCAGACUUCGAGGAGGCCAUCACGAGCGCAGUGUCUGGAGACAUCGGCAUCACAGACGGCGUCUCUGCGCUGGCAGACGGCCUCGAGGCGCCCUGGCGGCUUCCCGCAGUCCCGCUCCGCGUCCUGGAGGCCCCUAUGGAGCAGGAGACCCAUCGGACCUCCAACGACACGGUUGCCAAGUUGCCGUCCAUCUUGAGGGUGAAGCCGACGAUUGUCUCUGACGUUCUUGCCAACACGAGCACGUCAUCGACGGAUACCAAGAAGCCUAAGGCCAGCGGGAUGUCCAACGCCGCGGUAGCCGAGGACGCGGAGUCGACGCCGGGCGACACCACCCUCGCCAGCGAGAUCGCGGCAGCGAGGUCAACCAGGGUUUCCGAGGCCAACCAGACGUCGAAUGCAACGGCAUCUGCGAGGGUGAAGCCGACGCCUAAUACAACCGCGAGCACCAGCCCCAGCACCACCACCGCCACCACCACGUCCGCCAGCAUGAGCAAGGCCGUCAUGCCGCGGGUCUCCGCCUCGAGGAGCUUGGAACAGCCACGGAGCCAUAUCAGCAACACGUUGACUUCGACAAGCGAGACGUUGACUACGACAAGCACGACAAGCACGAACAACAACAGACAGAAGCAGAUCAUUGGAGGAGUGGUCGGAGGCGUGGGGGGCGCCGUGGCGGCUGGCCUGCUCGGGGGCCUGCUGGGCGGGCUGCUGACGACGGAGGCCUCGACCACAGCUGUGGUCACGGCGGCGCCGAGCACGACGACCUCGACUACUACCGCAGUCCUGGAGGACGUGGGCUUCGCUGCGGCGCGGGUGCUGGCCACGGGCUCCGUAGUCGUCUCCCGCGCCGCGAACGCCACCAGCUCGGGGGCUCAGGCCGUCGGCUCCGCGCUCGGCGCUGGCGCUGCCAGCGCCUCGCGGGCGGUGGCCGCCAGCGGCAUCCAGGAGUUGCUGGCACAGUGCUUCGGCAGUGCUGGCGCCAGCGCCGGCGCCUUCGUCGGCGAGCACCCCGUGCUUUCAGCUGCGGCGCUGUGCGGGCUGUGCUCAGUGGGCCUGCUGGCGCUGCUAGCUCCUCGGGGUGAAGGCCGAGGCCGCAGAAGCACCAGGUCCGCAAAGGUGGCUUCCGACGAGUAUGUUCACCCCUGCUCGCCGGUCUCGGCCUGCUCGCCGGGCAACUCGCCGCUCCAGGGGCUGCUGCUGGAGGCAUCCCACGAAGGACUUUGGCUGGAGGCCGCCAGCCCGCGGGCGCGGAGCAACCCGACGAGCAGCUGGGAGGCCGAGGAGAAGCAGUUCCGUGGGCUGCAGCCGCUGGGCCUGCCCGCGCUGCGCGACCUCCUCCCCAGGGGGGGCGGCCUUCCGCCUGCGCCCGCCUCGCCCUACGGGGCCCCGCCGCAGCCCGCGUGGCGGGGCGCGCGGGUGCCGGGCCCGGCGACCGCCACGGUGACCGUAACGCCCAGGUGGGACCUGGCCUGGGUGAGGUCCUGGCUCAGCCGCCCCUCGAGGCCGUCGGCCGGCUCCGGCGGCGCCCUGCCCGCCCCGCUGCGCGCCGCGCCCCACGCCAGCGCGGCGGCGGCGGGCCCCCGCAGGCCGCCGUCGACCGGCGGCUGCGGCGUGCCUCCGCGCGCGCUGGCGCCGUGGGCGGACCCGAGGCUCGCAGCCUCUGCGCCCGGGUCGUGGAGCGCCGUGGCCCAGUCUCCGCCCUCGUCCCCGGCGCUGGCCAGUGGGAGGUGGCAGAGCCCCCCCAGCCAUUGGCAGCCGCAGUUCGCACACCCCCCAGCUUCCAGGACGUCCCUCUAUCGCGCUUGA